AUGUGGACGAAGUCUUCAAACAUAAUGCUUGGUACUUUCAAAAUUACUAUUCGUAAAUAUUGUAAGAAUAUUAAGUUUACCCAUGCUAGCACUGUGGAAUUGGAAUCAACACGACAUAGAAAAAAACCCCCAGGUGGGAGUCGUUAUUUGAAGGAUAUAAAACAACUUUAUCUCUUUAACUCAUGGGACAAUGUUCAAUGGGAUGCUGAACAGGAAAAAGCAGCAGCAGAAAAAGUGGAACUUAAUUCUCUAGUAACCUUUACUGAAGAACACUUGAAAGAUCUAGAGCUAAAUGCUGAUAAACAUUGGGAUGCUUUCUAUGAUAUACAUCAAAAUAGAUUCUUUAAAGAUAGACAUUGGUUAUUCACUGAAUUUCCUGAAUUAGCUCCGGACAACACCUCAGCCCCAGUCCGAGUUUUUCCAAGUAGUGAAAGUAAUCAUGGAAACAAUGAAGAAUCAAUUAAAACUGUUGACUUCAACAAUAAACGUUACAUUUUUGAAAUAGGAUGUGGUGUUGGUAACACAAUUUUUCCUAUUCUACAAUACAGUCAAGACCCAAACUUAUUUAUCUAUGGUUGUGAUUUUUCAUCUAAAGCUAUAGAUAUUAUGAAACAGAACGAACUGUAUGACACUAAAAGGUGUGAAGUUUUUGUUUUGGAUGCAACUUCAAGUGCUUGGAAUGUACCAUUUGCAGAAAAUUCACUGGAUAUAAUUGUUUUGAUUUUUGUGUUAUCUGCAAUUGAUCCAUCAAAGAUGCAGAUCGUCAUCAGCCACAUAUAUAAAUAUUUGAAACCAGGAGGUCUAGUGGUUUUUAGAGACUAUGGCAAAUAUGACUUGGCUCAACUAAGGUUUAAGAAAGGCCGAUGCAUUUCGAACAAUUUUUAUGCUCGAGGUGACAACACAAUGGUGUAUUUCUUCACACAACAAGAAAUUUCUAAUCUUUUUAAGAGUGUGGGUUUUGUAGAAGAACAAAACUUAGUAGAUAGACGACUGCAAGUAAACAGAGGCAAAAUGUUAACAAUGUACAGGGUUUGGAUUCAGGCUAAAUAUAGAAAACCUUUA